AUGUGCACCGUCAAGAGAGACGCGAGUGUCCAUAAAAAGGCGUUUUUAACCCAACAAGUUAGUUCCAUAAUUUCACAAAAGUACCCAGUCAAAUUUAAAGAUCCUGGUUGUCCUACUGUCACAUGUGUUAUAAGUAGCCAGAAGAUAGAAAAUGCUCUUUUAUAUCUUGGGGCUAGUGUGAAUAUUUUACCGUUCUCGGUAUAUGAACAACUUGGACCAAGUGAAAUGAAACCAACUAGGAUAACACCACAUUUAGCCGAUAGGUCAGUCAAAAUCCCACGUGGAAUUAUUGAAGAUGUGUUGUUUCGGGUAGAAAACUUUAUCUAUCCAGUUGACUUUGUGAUUUUGGACAAUCAACCUGUCUCUAGUCAAUAUAUUAAUAUCCCAAUCAUCCUAGGUUGUCCGUUUCUAGCCACUGCAAAUGCAGUCAUACAUUGUCAAACUGGCCUAGUAGAAUUUUUCUUUGGGAACCAGAAAAUCGCUGUGAACGUUUUUAAGGCGUUACAAGCCCCACCGGACCCUGAACACUAUGAGUCUAUAUGCAUGAUUGAUUCUCUAGUUGAGAAUACCUUUACCACCAAUAGUGUUAGUGAUCCUUUAGAGGCCUGCUUGGCCCACUUUGGAGCCUACUAUGAUGAGGAUAGUCAUUUUAAAGAAGUUAAUGCGUUGUUAGACUCUGCGCCAACGCUACCAGAUACACUGAAAUAUGUAUUUCUUGGUAGUGAAAAUACUCUUCCUGCCAUAAUUGCCUCUGACUUAGAGCCCGAUCAGGAAAGUAGACUAGUUAGUGUUCUCCGUGAGCACAAGACUGCAAUAGGGUGGACUAUAGCAGAUCUGAAAGGAAUUAGUCAUGCUGAUUGUAUGCACCACAUCUACCUAGAAGAAGGUGCCAAAAACUCAAGAGAAAUGCAGAGACGUUUGAAUCCUAAUAUGAAGGAAUUUGUUCGCACUGAGGUGCUCAAGUUGUUAGAUGCGGGAAUCAUAUACCCUAUCUCUGAUAGUAAAUGGGGAAUAGAAGUUGAUAAAGCCAAGGUUGACCUAAUUUUAGAAUUAAAACCACCUAAGAAUGUAACAAAUGUUAGAUAUUUCCUUGGCCAUGCUGUAUUUUAUCGUCGUUUCAUCAAAGACUUUAGCAAGAUUGACUUAUCUCCGUCGAACCUACGUGCUAAAGAUACUGCUUUUGUGUUUGAUGAAGCGUGUGUUUCAGCUUUUGAGAAGCUUAAAUUAUUAUUGACUUUUGCCCCUAUCAUCCAACCACCUGAUUGGAACCUCCCAUUUGAACUCAUGUGUGAUGCGCCCGAUUAUGCGGUUGGUGCUGUCCUUGGCCAACGACGUGAUACAACACCUAGUGUGAUUUAUUAUGCUAGUAGGACCCUAAACGAUCCCCAGUUGAAUUACACAACCACUGAGAAAGAAAUGUUAGCCAUCGUUCUUGCUUUGUAG